CACACCACACUAACCGCUUCCCCUCCCCACCCCCCUCAGCCUCUCCUCCAGCACACGCAAGUUUUUAAAAAGAUGAUGGGUCUGUCAGCUCCUUGUCACUUGUGACACAGUCAGAGGACAGUGCUAGUCAGCACUAGAACAAUUGGUAACUUUUCUCAAGUUGGCUUCAGGACUCGCCACUGCUGCCCAUGUGGUGUCGAUUCGACUCUCUUUGAUAGAGAGUGUGUUCCAGGAUUUUGAGCGGGUGACGAAGGAACAGAGUCUGAUCCACACAUAUGGUGUGUGCCUUUAAAGUGGCUUUUUUCUAAAUUACAAGAAUGGGCUGAAUCCACUCCAGUCUCUGCUCCUGGUCCCUCUGUACAUCCUGCUAGAUGUGUGUGGACCUUGAAUGAAUUCAUGACUGGCGCUGACUACCUCUGUGCUAGAGUAGGCUGUUAAGGGACGUAUGGUAGCCUAGUGGUUACAAGUACUGGGCUAGCAAUCCAGAGACCUGAAUUUCUGCUCUAAAGAGGCAGGUUCAAAACUCAUCAGCUUCGGAGAGAAUUUGAGAUGAAAUAAAUCUGAAAUCAAAAAUCUCGUCAGUCAGUCAUCUUGAAACUACCAGGAGCUGAAAAGUCUUUAAUGGUGGAAUGCAAAGUGUGGAGAUGUUGAGAUGAAAUUUUAUCAUGUAUGUCCGAAGAACUCAUUAAAGGAGCAACAAGGGGCAGUACAAGAUCUGAUUGUGGCUUUCUUCCUGGCUAUAUUUUUAUCAACAAGCUCUCUCGCUUGUCAGUUUGAAGGAUUCCAACCGCACACUACGACCUAUGGUUCAGCAAUCGAGACCCUGAGGACACAUCUCCCGACAGACUACAACCUCACUGUUUUCCUGCAGGACGCCACCAAACUGGACAGCUGUUGUGUUGAUCUGCAGGCGAUGUUAUCCCUGAAUCGCUCGAUUGGACAUCUUUACCAUCACUCGAUGGACAGGCUCCAAAAUUUGACAUUCAAUGUGCUCCGGGAGCUGAGGUUUCUGGAGGAUUGUCCGAUUCGUGAAUCCUUUCACUGUGAAAUGGUGCAAUGGAAUUCUUCGCAUCUUCUCCUGAACUUGAUGGAACAUUUCAGACUUUUCGAUGCCAAGUUCAAUCAGAAGAAAUGUGACUUUGGACGAUGCACUUUACACACCUGCCUGGCAGGAGAUGUUGCAACGACAAUGUUGCCAGCAGCAAAUGCCACAGCAAUUUCAGUGGAGCCAGGAAUGUUUGCCAAUGGAACGGAGAACGUGCCCACCCGUCCAAUGAUUGGCAAUGCAACCAAUCCCACUCCAGCUAUGACCCAUCGCAACCUGACCAGCUUAACCAACGGAAGCAAUCCAUCUCCAGCCUUGACCAGUUGGAACCUCACACGUUUAACCAACAGAACCAGCACCGUUCUGGCUUUGAAUGACAGCGUAGCUGCUACAGCAAACCAAACCAGUGUCAACCCAACACCUCCAAGCAAUGGAAACGACAGGCCACUGGCAGCAACAUUCUGCAGCACUGAGCCCCGUACGACCAUCUCUUCAAUAGCAACACAAACAGUUGUACUCAUAGUCAGCGUGCUUUUAAAUAUGGCCCUCUUCUUCUGCUUGAUGGAUAGGAGAAGGCGGAUGGCCCCUCCACACAUGACUGAAAUGGAGCCAUUGUCAUUCCCCAGAGAGGAGGUUCUCGAGGCAUAGGAGAGGGACAGCUUUGGAAAGGAACCGGGAGAGAAAGUGAAGGCUGCAAAGAUUUUCCAAGGCCAGCUAUUGUGGGGGGGAGAAAAAGAUCCUGCUUCACACCAUGCUCAUCUCCGUAUGCAUUGCCUGGUCUGUACGCUGCCUGUCGUGUUGCUGUUGUACCUCGACUGUAUUUUCUGAAGGCCCUUUCCAACUUCCGUUUUCCCCCCCAUUGCUGUCCAACCACCACAAUUUGCAGAAUGGUCUCUUAUGUCAGGGCAUGUCAAGUUUGGGGGUGAAAACAGCUAUUUUUAUUCGUGGAUGGUCUGGACCACCAGCGAAGGAGGGGCAUUGACUGACUUAACUGUGUGGCCUUUAUCUUGGCUCAAACCAUUAUUGCUCCAGCACCUACAGAUGGACAGUGGCCGCAUUUUGCAGAUGCUGAAGGAUGUGGUUCUCUGUCUUGGUUCCCCCCUGCCCACCCAACAUCUUGGGAUUCCCUCUCCAGAAGAGAGGAGGAAGACUGCACAUCCGAGUUGAGAGACUAGCCACUCAACCCAAUGCGAUUAAUAGUCAUGAAGCGAUGGAAGAUGGGAAAGUGCCUCUUUGUAUUCUCUGCACCUUAACCCUGUGAAGAUCACUCCAAUGAACUUGAUUCAGUUGUGACCUGACAAGAUGCACUGAAGAUAUUUUGACUCUUGACUUUCUUGCUGAAUGUGAUUGAUUUGUGUUUUAUAUUUUGUUUGUAUCAUUGCAAUGAUGUUCCUUUUUGUCCCCAGCCAAGUGUGACUUUGGGCAUUGACUCUUGCUCUGCCCCAGGAAGCGAGUCCGAGCUGGCACUGGUGGGUGGUGCUCUGCCAUGAGUCUGGUGCUUCAUGUUGUGGAUGGAGCAGUGUUAGUGACCAACCAGGAAUGAGGUAGUUGGGGGUUGGGGCUAGCUAGAAAGAUGGAAAGGAGGGAAGGGAGCUAGCUGUGAUGGAAGGUGAGAUCCUAAACAUAAUAAGGAGGGAUGCACUGUAGAGAGUGGAGGAAGAGAAUGGGGCUUGGCAGUGACAAAAGUAAGCUUGUGGGAGCUGUGUGUCAGACCAAUGAAGAUCUAACUUGUUAGAGAAGGAGCAUGUACCGUGUACUUAUGAAUCUGAUUUCACAACGAGUGUGCUGCCACAUUGAGAGAGAAACCAUUCACUAGCUUUUAUUUUCACUAUAAAUAUCUUUCAGGCCUGGAAACUAACCCCGGAGGGUCUGGCGUGAAUUCUGAGCCUGUGUUCUUUUUUCUCCCCCCAACAGAAUGCUCCACUUACAUUCCAAGUGUCCCUCUGUUAUUUGAGAUAAUAGGAACUGCUGAUGCUUGAGACUCCGAGAUAACAAGGUGUGGAGCUGGAUGAACACAGCAGGCCAAGCAGCAUCGCAGGAGAAGGAAAGCUGAUGUUUCGGGCCUACACUCGUCAUCAGAAAUGGGGGAGGGGGAAGAGGGUUCUGAAAUAAAUGGGGAGAUGGAUCGAAGAUGGAUAAAGGAGAAGAUUGGUGGAAAGGAUUCUAUCCCCACCCCUUUAACUUGCUUGUCUCCUCUCCACUUAUUUUCUCUAUCCAUCAUCGAUCUGCCCCCUCCCUUCCCUAUUUAUUUCAGAACCCUCUACCCCUUCCCCAUUUCUGAUGAAGGGCCCAGACCUGAAACGUCAGCUUUUGUGCUCCUAAGAUGCUUUUUGACCUGCUGUGUUCAUCCAGCUCCACACCUUGUUAUCCCUCUAUUUAUAGGGACACCAAGUGCUAGAACAAACUGUACCAGAUCUUUUUAAAAAAUCUUUUGACUGACUAAAUGGUGUCUUUUCUCACAUGUUGAGUUCAGAACAAGGUGCUGUUGUGUAUUGAGAAGUUCAGUCUGAUGGGGGGAAAUAUGCAGCUUUCCCUUCCUGUGAACCCUCAUUUGUGAACUAACAUGAUAUCUUCUGGAGUGUAUAUUUUUAAAAAAUAUAUAUGUAUUACGGCUGUGCUGUAUUAUGUCCAGAGAAUGUGAGCUUAAAACAUAUUUAUUACUCUUUUCCUUAAAA